ACGUUUGUUUUUGGGUAUCUAUAAUUCCAGCUACAAUACUUGCUCUUGCCAUGAUUUUCUGUGCGGAAAGUCCUUCUUGGCUGUACAAGCAAGGAAAAGCUGCUGAAGCGGAAGUUGAAUUUGAGAAGCUUUUUGGAGUAGCACAUGUCAAAGUAGCAAUGACAGAGCUGGCCAAGUUAGACAGAGGAGAUGACAUAGAUUCUGUUAAGAUUUCAGAAUUGUUAUCUGGUCCUCAUUUUAGAGUUGUUUUUAUUGGGUCAACCCUAUUUUCUUUACAACAUCUAUCUGGUAUAAAUGUAGGAAUGAGAUGGUAUUGAUAUCCAAACUUUAAC